AUGGUCGAGAACAGCCCAUGUCGAAAUACUUAUCGAGAAAGCGGGCCAUCCGCCGGCCGAGAGCGCAUCCUCGACAGGAAAAUCGAGAGGCGCCAAUUACUAGCGAGUUUUUCGUCAAAUCUAGCAAGAAGAGGGCCAAGGUUUGAAGGAAAGGCAUCCGAUGGAUCAGUGCGAUCCAUCGUAAGCCUCUUUGAGAAGUCGGCGACCCAUUCUGACAGCCCGGCUUCAUCCAGACCGGAUUGGGCAUGCGGCGCAAGUAACGAGCUUGGUGGCAGAAAUGGAAGGAAAGGCCACCGAGUAGUACACAAUGACAAAGACCAUAAUGGCAGAGUGAGCGGGCAACCACUUACAUCGCAGCUUCAGAACGACAGACUCGUCCCGUCAAUGUCUCCAUCCUCAACAACCGGCUACCAGGUCGAGGACUACUCGUUGACCUUGCUCAGACACAAAUCCUACUUUAACAACAGGUCCCUCGCUCGGUGUCUAGACGAAGAAUCCGAGGAAGAUACAAGGACCAAAGUACAGCUGGUCAAAAGUAAUAAGGACGGAGACGAUAAAGCUAUAGUGGAGAGAAAGAAGGAUGACCCAGAUGAGCAUGGCCGGGGAGGGAAGGGCGAUAGGAUCCUUCUUGCAAGCCAGAGAAAUCACCCCUUUCCCAAGCAGCAACGAGACAACCAGAUGAGCGAACUUCUCCCCCGGAAGGAACUCCUGCGCCCAAGACCCCAAGAAUUGGCUAACCGGAACCUCCUCGAAGUGGACAAUUUCUGGAGCCACGUCCGAGCCGAGUUACAGGUUGAUGAUGAGGAGAUAUACGGGACCAGACCGGCGAGAACGAGGCGCCAAGAUUACGAGGCGAGACCUAGAGAUGGAUACGAGAGCUGGACCUUCAAGCAGUCAUCGACUCCCGAUGCCAGUCCGCCAGCGUCUCGGCAGUCAAAACCGGACAUCGUACACCCCUUUUUGCCUGCACCCACCCGGCCACCGCCCCCAGUACCGGUAGCAGCUCGUGAACGGUCUCUCUCCGCUGUAUCUCGGUGGAAGCCACACUCCGCAACGCAUUUGUCGGAGCCCUUCCCCGACCUGGCGAGUGAUUAUCCCGUCAUCUGGGACGAGCCGUCCCCGACCCCCUUCAGGGAGAGCGCAUCUGCUCCGGAAUCUGCCGACAUUGCCAGUCUCUCGUUCGACCCAUACCCGGAACCAGAGCUGCCCCUGCUCGAAGCCGGACGGGAUUCCUCGGUGUCAUUAACGGAACCCAGCCAUUCCCGUUAUCCUAGCAGCGGUAGCGGUCCAUGGACCCGACCGCCAACAUGGCGGUUGCCAUCCUCUCUGUACUCUUCCUCCCCUCCAUCGGUUCCCCCUCUUCCGAGCCAGUCACCACUCCCAACCCAACCAAGAAGCCAUCGCCGUCAUCCUGCGAACCAUAGCAGGAACCGACAUCACCACCAGCCUCACUCCUCCAAAACAUCAGCCUGCACUUCUUUCUCUGUCUCCACCACCUACAGCAUCAAUGCCACAGACAGCAGCGACUGCGGGAGGAACACGUACAGCAGCAGACAAACGGCCCAAACCUCUACCAGCUCGACAGCCACGCGCUCCACCCGGGUCGAUUCGGGCGCAGCCUUGUCAUCUUCGUGGUCAUCACUUGUCUACGGGCCGCACCCGCCCCUGCGGCGGCUGACAACCGAAGAGAAGCUUUCCGAGAUUGACGCUUUCUUGGGGCAAGACGCGGAGCCGGAACCGGAACGAGAAUGGCUAUGUCACGAUCAGGGCCAGAAUCAGACUGAUGGAGGCUGGAUAUGA